AUGUCGCAACGUUCGACACCAGCGCCGUUUUUGACGAAGACGUAUCUGUUGGUGGAUGACCCUGCCACCGAUGACGUUAUUUCGUGGAGCGAAACGGGUAACACUUUUGUCGUUUGGAAACACGCCGAUUUCGCUAAGGAUUUGCUUCCCAAAUACUUCAAACACAACAAUUUCUCCAGCUUCGUCCGCCAACUCAACACCUAUGGGUUCCGAAAGAUCGUCCCCGACAAAUGGGAAUUCGCCAACGAGUGUUUCAAGCGAGGACAAAAGGAGCUCCUCGCCGAGAUCAAGCGUCGGAAGACGGUGCUGCAAUCGCCGGCGGCCGGAAAAUGUGGAGGCGGCCGAGGGAAUAUCUCGGCGUCUCACUCCGGUGGUGAUGACAUGGGGUCAACGUCGACAGGGUCAGUGGAGGGUGCAACGACGACGACCCACUGUGCGGAUUUAUCGGGCGAGAACGAGAAAUUGAAGAAGGACAACGAGAAAUUGAAGAAGGACAACGAGAAAUUGAGCGGCGAGCUGGCGCGUGCGAGAAAGCAGUGCGACGAACUGGUGUCGUUUCUGAGGGAGUCGUUGAACGUGUGCCCCGAUGUGAUCAACCGUAUCAUUCGGCAAGGAACGUGUGGGUCCAGCGAUGAUGCGGUGCGUUUUGAGUCUAUUCCUGAUGAUGACGAUGAAAAUGCGGUAGGUGAGUGUGAACCCAAAGUUGAUGAUGAGAGCGGUGGAGAUACUUUGAAACUGUUUGGUGUUUGGUUGAAGGGUCAAAAUGGGAAUGAAAAAGACAAAUUGAAGAUUGGUAACUGCCGCAAGAGAGGGCGUGAUGACCCUAUCGCUGGUUCUGCCAAGGAACUGAAAACCCUUGUGUAG